GUUGCCUUGGGAGAAGCGACACGGGCCGAGCGGUGCUCACUCACACCCCGCACGUCCAGCUCGUCGGCAGCUCCUCGGUCGCCUGUCCCGCUGGAUUUUUACGUUUUCCUCUACAAAAAGAACAAGACCCGCUCCGUCCUGUGAAAGGUCAGUGAUGCUGAGAGCGCUUUAGGGCCCGUAGCCAAGGAUGUCUGCUACAGAUUCGGACAACUCUAUUGACUGGCUGGCGAGCGACAAUGAAGACAAUGAGAGCGAACGGGAGCUCGACUUCAGCAGAACGGACGCCCCCCGCUCCACCGGCAGCCCUUCGCAUCUGGGGCCGCCCGACAGCAGCUGCUGCCGCGGCAGCGAGGUGAAGCAGGGUGACUGGGGAAGUGACAGCCAAGCCUCGAGCCCCGGAUCCCCCUCCAGCUGCGUGGCGGCGUGGGGCCGAGAUGUUAUGGGACUGUGUGAAGCAGCUGAGAAUAUGAAUGAAAAGAAGCCCCAGCAAGCACUGAAGAGACCCCGCUGCUUGACAGAGGAGUGCAGGGAACGGCAGCUUCUCGCCAGCAUGUCGGAGAAAGACAGGAUUUUCACGAGAAAGUGUGUGGAGUUACAAUGCUACAUCCAUCCGCUGUCGUCCAUCUUGAACGGCCUUCGUUCCGGGAGGUACAGAGAGCGACUGAGCAGCUUCCAGGAGAGCGUAGCUAUGGACCGGAUUCAGAGGAUCAUGGGUGUGUUGCGGAACCCCUACAUGGGGGAAAAAUAUAUCAACAUCAUUCUGAAAAUCGAGGAAAUGCUGAAGAGCUGGUUCCCACAUGUCAGGCUCCCAGACCACAGCGCCGUGGGCCGCACCGAAGAAUCCCUCCCUGCCAAGAAACUCAAGCUGUCUCCCAUGACCUCAACUGCAGCCGUGAGCCCCAUCAGUGACCCCACAGCGGGCACCAAAUCCUUGAGGGUGACAGACCUCACCCCCCCUGGAGCCUACUCAGCUAACCACCUGAAGUGGCUGCACACGUCGCCAAUCUGCUCCGCCACGGCCGACCAGUCCCAGGCCGGCCCCUUGCACGCGCUCUCCCCGAAAGACAGUGACCCGACGCAGGACAGCGCCGUGUCUUCCAGCACGGACACUAAAAAAGACUCGGUGCCCAGAGGACCCCCCCCACCUGGGAAGAUCAACGCCCCCUGUCUAGAGAAGCUGCUCAAGUCCACGGAGAGCAUCAUCACCCGCAGGGGGGUGUCGGGGCUGACGGACAGCAGCUGGUCCUAGUCCACGCACAGGGCUGGUUGGCGCCGCACAGUCCAACCCGCUCGCUUCGACCAUUCCAGCCUUCACGGGAGACUUCAAAAGGGACACGGCGCGUGGACAUGUCUGCUUUGUUGACAUUUUCUUUGCACUCUUGACCAGCGUGUGUGUGAGGGCGGGGAGCAUCAAGAGUUCACCUCAUGUCACCGCUAAGUGAUUUCUGUUCGACCCGCCGGCUUCAUUAGUCAGAAAAUAGAGCGAGCGAAAGGGAAACGAUUGCAGUAGUCGAUCCCCCCCCCCAGCCACCCACCCCCCCCGGGCAGUCGGCGGUGGACACGUUGUACUGAAAAUGUGACUUUAUUUCCUCCUCCCUCUCAUGACUCCACUCUUAAGUUUAUUGAUGUGACUGUUACUCAUUUGUAUUCUCGAUGAAUAAGUCUGUUGGUACAACUGUUCUACCUCAGUGGGCACCACAUCAUGGUUAGUGAGUAGGAAUGUGAGCGGCCGCCCGCCGUCCGACCGGUGCCGCCGUCAAAGAAUGUCAACUCCACGUUUCUGAUUUACUCUCCGAGUCUCCCAGUAGGUGGCGAACAGUGCCUGUAACGUCAAGCUGUGCCUGUGAAGCCGAGUUUUGGAAAAACCUUGCUCCUCAGUGGGAUGUACAAAUCAGGAAUUGUCACUUUCCUGCCAUUCUCCACUAUCAAGUAAAUUAUUCAGCUCUUGCCAACUACUUUUCUCUGUGGUGGAGUAGAACAAUUCUUUUGUUUUGCCACAGAACUGGACGCGUCAGACCAGCAGAGAGGAAAACAAAGGUGAGCUCUGGGUGAAACCUGCAGAGUCUGUCCAUUUACUCUGACAAGUGGCCUUUAUAGUGUGAAAUUUUAUACUUUCAAAAAUAAAUGUUGGUAUUUUUGUUUGAUGCAAAACGGCUUCUCUCUGUUGUUCACUCUCACCUGCUUCUAAAAACAUUCAAGCACGUGACCAGUGUCA